CGAUUUUCUCAAAUUAAUAUUUACACUAUAAGUAUUCAUUUACUUACUUAAUUGUUUCAAUUGUUUUAAAUGAAAAAAAAACUAUAACACUAAAUAGUAUAAAGAAAAUAAUUCAGACGAUAUUUAUUGGAGUUUUCGGAUAUAUAUUUAAUACACUAUUAUUAAGCAGUUCAAAGGAAAAACUUAAAAAAAAAAAAACGAAAGAAAAGUUGUGAAGAUAUUCGAGUUCAUUGUAACAACUGAACAGGAAAAGAUGUGGUUCUUUUACUUUACAGCUUUUCUUCUGCUUAUCUCGGCGAGAAAGACUGUUACUCAUGAAUGUUACACGUGUGAUAAUAUCGACGAUCCUGAUAAUUGUCACAACAUAACGGAAGGCGGUAACGGACAGUCAUGUUUUGCCUACGUUAAUAUAUCUGGGAUAUCCAAGACAUUCACAUUAGGAAUUACAGAUAAUAAGAACUGCGGGGCUAUUCCAAACUACACAAGCACAAUAGUCAAGAGAGAUGUCUACAGGAAAUGUUUCGAGUGCUGUGGUAAAGAUAAAUGCAACAAUCGACUUUGCCAGCAUUUGAAACCCUCAAAAUGUAUAGAUGACGUGAAUGUAGACUGUGCGCACAUUAACGAAAUGUUUAACAUUUGCACAAAUGUAGAUGAGGCAAAGAAUAUUUGUCCAAAAUUUUGUCAUUUGUGCUCUUUGGUUGAUGGGAACUGGGCUGAGUGGUCUAGGUGGUCGUCAUGUGAUGUGACAUGUGACAGCGGCAUACAAACUAGGAAAAGAACGUGCACCAACCCUGCCCCAGCAUAUCAUGGAAUGCAGUGUAUAGGAAAUGAUACCGAUACCAAAUCUUGUGACAACCAGUUGUGCCCAGUAAAUGGCGGUUGGUCCGAAUGGUCUGACUGGGGAACAUGUUCUGUGACCUGUGACUUUGGUCUCAGGAGAAGAAAUCGGUCCUGUUCCAAUCCGCAUCCAUCAAGGUCGGGUGACCAUUGCUUCGGGGACUCCACAGAUGUUGACAUAUGCACAAUAAGGCCAUGUUUUACUGUCGCACCAUUCUACGCAUUCAAAUCUCAUACGGUUUCUGACAAAAGUCUGGCGGACGGCAAGGUGUUGGUUUUUACCAGGAACACUCUCAAUAUAGGCGAUGUGUACGAUAACAGCACGGGCAUUUUUGUGGCUCCUGUCAAAGGUGUUUACCUUUUUACUGCCCAGAUCUGCAUGCUUAGCGGUCGAAGGUCGCAUUUUGGUUUUUCAGUAGAAGGAAGAAUGGAAUCGAGUAUUUUUGCCGGAGAUUCUGGGUAUUACCAGUGUAACAGCUUAGACACCGUGACAACUGUAAAUGCAGGGGAACAGGUUUCUGUAAAGUGUGUUACAGGCUGUAGCGGAGACGCACUGUGGGAAUAUCUUGGUUAUGCCACAAGCAGUUUCUCUGGCACGCUAUUGCAUAUGUACUCAAGAUAGACUAUAUUUGCUCUUAAAAUUGAAUUAGAUACCAAUAGUAACAUUAUAUUAAGUACUUACGCAUGCAUUUGUAUGUUCCUUGAAUU